CACCGAUAAAAUAUCAAACCCCCUCUCUCUCUCUCACUCUUUCUCGUCCCCUGGAAUUCUAUUUCAUUCUCUCUUCCUCCCGAAACCCCCAAAUUUAUCAAAACCCCAAAUUCUGGUUGGGGUUUCAUUCUCCUCAGCACACAUACGUCCUCUGAUCCUCUCCUCAAACCCUAGCCUCGAUUCUUCCAUGGAGGCCUCUCUGGCGGACGAUCUCGGGGCCCCGGAGUCAUGGGGAGGUCGCGGGCGUCGACGAGGCUCUCCUCCUCCAACAACAACAAGGAUCCCAAGCCUUCCCAGCAAGACCUCAUCAACGACGCGUCGUCUCUGGUUUCCUCUGCUUCUGAUGAUAAGCUCUCUGAGGACGCCCUCAAUCAGGUCGACCAGUUCCUUCGCGAGGCUUUGCAAAACCCUCGGGAGCGCCUUUCAAGUGGUCGAACGUGGUUGUGGGAUGGCAACUCUACAUAUGGGGGAGUUUGUUCUCAAUGCACUUAUGACAUUGAUACAUACUACAUUAGGGAACCCCUUGGUGUUCGUGUUCGGAUAUGCCCCUUCAACAUUCCAUCUAUGAUUCCCUUAUAG